AUGGAGAACCCAGGUAUAUACUCUUCGAAUCAUCUCAUCAUUGACCAAUUACUAAAUAGGAUCUCAGUAAAUGAAAUCCCGGUGGUGAUUCGUCUGCUCACCCAAUCCACGCCCUCGUUACAAGACAAAGCCUUAGACCGUUUUUUCACUCGCAAUGCCGAAUUCAUUCAUCCUUUCUGUCGAGUUCCCAGCUUCGAGGGAAGUCGAUGGUACAUCAUGAAGAUCUUCCAAUGGUACAAGAUCAUGUCACCACGGAUUGAGUUGGAAAUUCAUUCAGUUGCUUUUGAUGAGAAUAACCUCAAGCUAUACGUCGACAUGUCUCAAGUAUUUUCUAUCUGGCUCGUUCCGUUCCACGUUGCACCCGUGUCUCUUACGACUGUGUUGAAUCUCACGACCGAUCCCUCUCACAGCGACGCCUCUCACAGUGACGCUCCAACUAAUGGCGAUAAUACACUGUACUACAUCACGAAGCAGCAAGAUCUAUAUCAAACAUCCGAGUUUGUCAAGUUCCUCCUGCCGCAUGUGGGUCAUUGGUUGGUUCUGGGCUGGCAAUUGAUCGCUUCCUUGUUUUGUCUCUUUGGCGUCACUUUGUUUUGGCCUAUUCUUUGGCUGGAGGAGAAUAAUUAUCUGCCUGCUUUCAUUUCUCGAGGGAAUUUGGCCUGUGAUAUUGGAAACAGCGUUCCAGAGAUUAAGAAGGAUUGA